ACACAAAAAAAAUGAAUACUGAGGAGGAAGAAAUUCCUUUAACAACAUACAAAGUAAUCAACAAAGAAGUGGCAGAAAGACAGAGCAAAAUAGAAAAACAGAUGGAACACAUGGGAAGAAUGCUAUCAGAACUGUUGAAAAAUAGUCAAGCAGCAGUCGUAAAAAGGAAACAACAACCACAAGGACAAUAG